AUGGCAGAAGGGUAUGCAAAAGAUUACAAAGAGUUUGGUGUUGUCGGUCCGGAUGACCUUUCACCCGCACUGUUCAAAGACGGGGGUGAAGUCCUCAGUCAGCGCUUGUCCGAUCUGUUUGCUUGCAUUUGGGAAAAGGAGUCUGUCCCAGACAACUGGGGAGAAUCGGUGAUAGUGCCCAUUUUCAAAAAAAGGGCCUCACUGAAUAAAUUAUCGGGUAGGGUGUUAAACCGACAUUACCAACACCUGGUGGCACACUCGCCCCGGUUCAUCCACUAUGCUCGAUUGGGUUCUUUGGCAGACGCUUUCAACCGACCUCAGGAUUUGACGGUAACCGACUCGCCUAAAGUGACAGGUGUUUUUUUAACCAAAGAGCUCAUCAGUCCGAAUGGAUUCGCCAGUCUUGUCCAGGAUGCCACGGAACGUUCCAAGUCAUUGUUAAAUGAGGCACUGUCCCCCAACAGGACGCGGAAAAUGGUCCAGGUGCUGGACGAUAUGUCUGAUACUUUAUGUCGUGUCGCUGAUUUGGCUGAUUGUAUUCGGAUGUUGCAUCCUGAUGGACCGUUUCGGGUUGCUGCUUCCGAGGCUUGCCAAGCUAUUGGACGGCUUGUCGAGGAACUAAACACAACCCCCGAAUUGUACUUUGCUUCGGUUCGAGCUAGUCAAGCAGGAGCGACUGUUGGUAGAUCUCCCGGCUGUUUGCCCAUCGACGACACAAUGGACAAAAUUGAUCGUCGAGUUUUGGAUCUGUUUGUUGCUGACUUUGAGCUUUCUGGUGUCCAGCUCCAGGAUCCAUCUAGGCAAGCUGAGUUUGUGAAGACCGCGUCGACGGCCCUUGCGUUGGGCGCCACGUUUGUUGAGACUGCCCACACGCCUGUGCUAUUCCCUCCACCUGAUCUUGCUUUCAAGAAUGCGGAUAAAUGGUCACCUCCGUUCGAACAGAUCCAACUUACUCAUCCGGUGUUAGAGGAUCCGCGUCCGGAUGUUCGUGCUGCCACCUACCGGACUUACUACGCACCGUUACCAGGACAAGAAACAAGACUGACAGAGUUGAUGGAAAUGCGCCAUCGGAUGGCACGAGCCGCUGGUUUCGACACUUACGCUGAUCGAUCUGUCCGAAAUAGCCUGGCUGAAACUUCCGAAAACGUGAGGCUCUUUCUGGACCACCUAUGCCACCUGCUAUCUCCUAAUGCGAGCCACGUCGUUCGAGACCACCUUGUGCCCGCCACGCGUCAGUCAAACAGCAAAUUUCCAACCGACCACUUGGGUCACAUGCCUGCACACGAUCGCAUUUGGCCAUGGGAUGUUAGCUACGCUUUGGGACUGUGCCGUCAGACCGCUCGCGUCGACAGCGCCGUUGCUGUUUUGAACCAACUGAACUUUCUUGCCUUUUUCUUUCAGCAACUUGUCGACUAUUUUUCCCUAGGAGCCUGUAUGGAAGGCGUCUCCCAGCUGGCAGACUGUCUUUUUGGUUUGAAACUUCGUGUGGAACCGAUUAUACCAGGCGAAUGUUGGCAUCCUUCUGUUGUUAAAAUUGGGGUUUAUGCAAGAAGGCAUUCAAUGCCCGACAUGAAACCUGGCCCUGAGAAACAAAUUGGCCUAGUCUAUUGUGAUUUGCUUGAUCGGCCAGGGAAACCAGCGCAGGCCACUUACGCUCAACUCGAUCAAAGGUUGCACUCCGGUCAUCCAGAGUCGACUCUGCUAACAACUCGGUCAUUGGGUUAUGGCACUCCAAUGCCCGCUUCCUCGUGUUUACUGUCUUCAAUUCAACGCGCAGCAGGCGUAGCUGACUGGAUGAUGUGCGAUCCGGACUACUUGGGGGCUUGGCCUCAUCGAUUUAGCCACCUUGUUGGUUACGGUGGGCGCUAUUACUCGUACUUGAUGGCAAGAGCUGGUGCCCAUUUGGUCUGGAGUCAGUGUUUUGCCAAUGACCCAUGGUCUUCCUCCAAAGGACAGCUCUACCAGGAACGCAUCCUACGACACGGUGGCGAAUUCCAUCCAGCAACUAUGCUAUCUGAUCUACUGUCUUACAACAACGAAGAGUCCAAUAUUUCGUCGAUCUUAUCUCCAGAGCAGUUGGCCAGAGGGUUAAGGGACCACGUAGACGAGUCUGAAGCUGCUGCGUCUGCUAUGCUGAGUAAAAUGUCUUCGCCCGGACUACAUCAACCAAGUGGCUUUCGAUGAGGCGAUAAUGAUUUCUUCCGAUGCGCGCACCAUUCAUUCGGAAGUCCCUCUCAAGGAAUUUCCUCCAGCAACACCAACUUGAAUCCAUAAUUUUGCCACAAUGGUCUUUCAUUCCUCAGGGUAUUUGCGCCGAUAUCCAUGAAGUAUUUCUGUCUUAGACAGAUGAAUCCUGUUCCAUUUUCUGUGUAAAGUAAGCAUGUUGGCUUCUUCAAAAUCGGAACAGCUAUGUGUUUUUUCAAAUCGCUUGCCAUUUGUACAAACUAAUUGCCCAUAGAAAUUUAUAGAGAUUUCUUGCUUCAGUUCAUACAUAGUUAUUGUGGA